AAAAAAUGUUGGAUUUAUCGAGUCAUACACAUAUACAUAUGUUCUUUUAAUAAUAAAUUUAUUAUUAAAAUGUAACACAGGUGAAGAAAAGAAAAUUAAGAUUCAUGAUGCUAAUAAAAAGAUGAUGGGACAAAUUGUCUUAAUCAUAUAUUUUAGACAAAAAUUAUUAUAAUGUGGAAAUGCCUAUUAUUUUUUUUUUCUUUUUUUAAAAAAGAUAUUUUUUUAGAAGUAAUCACGAUAUUAAUAAAAAAUUCGAAAAAACCGUAAGAAUUAAAAAGGCAUCGUAAAACAGCUAAUAAACGUAGUGUCGCUAUCGCGAGUCACGAUAAUGACGGAAGCGUGCAAAUUAUAUCGAGAGUCGUUCUGUGAAAAAAGUGUUUGAAAACACAAUUGUAGUGCCAUGAAUAGGAGAAAAAAGUGAUGAUCGUAUCGAAUGUGCGUUUAAAAAAGAUUUAUUAGUCUUAACAAUAGCGAGAAAUCGAAGUGUUCGCAAAGUGUAUAGAGUUAAUUACGGUCUAUCCGCACGACGCAGUUAAGUGUUAUGACGAGUUUAAACUCUUGCACGGAUAAAAGUUUAUGUCAUCUCGAUAAAUCUUCGAGGGAUGUAGUAGAAUCCGAUGUUAAAACGUUGGAAGAUAAACUUCCUAAGGAAUUGAGUCGUCUAGAAUCUCAAGUUGCCGGGCAUUCCUUUGAUAAUGAAAAACAGACGAUCGGUAUGUUGCGAGCACCAUUGGGUCGGGUGUUAAAACCCAUCACGAAGCCUCAUCUCGGUGAUAGAGAAAUAUCUUUCUAUGAGAAUUUGCAAAAUUCUUGCGACGAGACGAUUUUGGAAUUGAAAAAUUAUGUGCCCAAAUAUUUUGGUACGACGGAGAUACUAUUCUCUGACAAAAAUAUAAAAUUUGUCGUGCUGCAAGAUAUAACAGAAGGCAUGGCUGAACCAUGCGUGAUGGAUAUAAAAAUUGGCAAGCGUACGUGGGAUCCAUUGGCUAGCGAAGAAAAGAGAAUAAGCGAGGAAAAGAAAUACGCGCGAUCGAAGGAAGCUUAUGGCUUUUGCAUUACUGGUUUUCAAGUGUAUUGUCUCUCGAGUGGCGAGCUUAAGAAGUUUGACAAGAAUUAUGGCAAGACACUCACUCCCGAAGCUGUAGUCGAAGCAUUGAAGAUCUUUCUAAACGUGACACCUCAGAGGCCAGCAUGUCGUCAGUUGAUCGUCAAAUUGUUGUCGCUACUUUGGAAGAUACUCGUUAUAUUUCGUAAGCAAGAAAAUUUUCGUUUUUAUUCGAGUUCAAUACUGAUCGCUUACGACGCCAGAAGAUUACGUUAUUAUCAGCGUUUCGAGAACGACGAUAAGAAUAAAUCAUCGAUAAAUUGUCAACGUGCCAAAUCCUUUUCUUCGACCUUGUCCACGAGCGGAACGAAGGACAAGAAUUCGGACAAGGGUUAUUCUCCGAAGGAAUCAUCACAAAAUAUUCAACAUCUUCGUAGAAAGGUGUUAGAAAGGACGCGAUUGUUGAAACGUAGCGUGAGCCUUCAAUUUGGUAUUAAGGAUUGUUCUAAUUCGUUCGAAAGAGAAGAUACACAUCGCAAAGUAUCGUUAUUACAAAGAAGCGAUUCCUAUGGUCCAGAUUCAAGAAUAGACAAACUAUGUCGUACUCAUUCCCAUGCUCAUAAUUUCGAUCAGGAGAUUGCCAAUAUGAAGGAGGAUUACGCCGCACUUUUGAACGAACUUAGCAGUACCUACGAGGACAAACAAAAUUGGGUCAGGGUGAACAUGAUCGAUUUCACUCACGUAUUUCCUGCACCAAAUGAGACCGCAGGCUUGGACCACAAUUAUCUCGAGGGUAUUGAAAAUUUGAUCAAACUUUUCGAGACUUUUCUGAUACAGAGAGAAGGAUGUACAUUGACGUUGGACACGUAAGAGACGAUUAAUGAUCUAUAUACUUACAUAUAUAUAUAUACAUAUAUAUAUGUAUAUAUGUAUAUAUAUACACAUAGAUACACAUAUAUAUACUGUACCAUACUCGAUGAUCCUUUUGAUUUAACGAAGGUCUAUCAAAGACUGGAAUUUAUUUCUUUUCGAAUAGCAUAAAUGAGAGAAAGAAAGAGAAAUAUAAAUAGAUAGAUAGAUAGAUAGAUAGUUAGAUAGAUAGAUAGAGAGAGAGAGAAAGAGAGAAAGAGAGAGAGAGAGAGAGAGAGAGAGAGAGAGAGAGAGAGAGAGAGAGAGAGAGAGAGAGAGAGAGAGAGAGAGAGAGAGAUAAAGAGAAAAGAAACGACUCGUAUAUAUGUACAUAUAUUGUUCUGUAUGUCAAAAAGCAUUGACAAAUAAAGGUAAAACUCUUAUCGCAUUAUUAUUAUUAUUAUUGUUAUUUUUCUUUUUUUUUUGUUUUAUUUAUUUAUUUUUUUUUAUUCACCAUUCACUCGUAAACAGUUUUUACAUCGUCGCCUUUCCGGAGUAACUUUUUACUCGGGUGCGACGUAUCAACUGACAAUAAUAAUUAAUAAUUCGCUUAAUUCGCCGUAACAUUUAUAAUAAUAUUUAUAAUAUAUAUUUAUAUAUAUAUAUAGAUUUACUUUGUUUAUUUAUAUAUUUAUAUCGAUUGCUUACGAUCAUCGCCUGCAGUCACGUGGCACAUCGCUCGCCGCAUUUCCUCUCUCACUCGUGUUUUUCUCAUUAUUUAUUUAUUUAUUUAUUUACUUUAUUUUAUUUUAUUUAUUUAAUAUUUUUUUUUCUUUCCUUUCGUCCCCCUUCUCCUUUUGGCACGCGUGUCGCACGCGCAAGUGAUAAGUAUAAAUCAUUAGGUUUCUUGUUGGAUAUCGAUCGAUAUUUUAAAAUAAUUUAAUUUAAAACUUUUGCAGUUUCUGUAAAAAAGAAAAAUAAAUAAAAAUAAA